AUGGCGGCCCUCCCGGUCUGCGUGAUGCAGGGCGACUUCCUGGACGGCGUCGUGGAGUCGGCUCUGCGCACCAUGGCCGACCAGCUCAAGGCGGAGUACCGGAAGGAGCUCAGCAGGGCCCUGGAGGCCGCCGACCUGGAGGCCGCCAGUGGGGCCGGCGCCAGUCGAACCGACGCCCCGCAGGUUACGGUUCCGCCCCCCACCCUGAACACGCCUCUGGCUGAGGUAGGCGAGGGUCAGCUCGACUUGGUUGGUGAGCUACGGACGACGGCGAGCGUUCCAGGGCCUCCUGCCAGGGAGCACGGGAGCACAGUCAGGCGCGUGCGCAUGUCCCGGCUUGCCCCCGAGCACGCCGUCGCUUGGAGGCAGAGCUGCACCAGCAACGGCAUCAACAACAACAACAACAACAACGGAAGGGGGACGCAGCUCUCGACGGCGUGGGAGCUGGCGUGGGAGGCCGAGGCUCCCUUCGGCAGCCGCAACACGGUCCGUCACAACGACAGGUGGCAGGGCAGGCUGGCCGAGGUGGACACCGACGCCAUCAAGAGCAUGAGAGAAGAGGAGAUCGCGAGGGAGGAGGCCCUGCUCGCAAGGCUGGGUCAGAGCACAUCGAUGCCGUCGGUGCCCGCCGCGGGCGAGGCCAGCCGGUGCCGCAUCUUCUUGUACAGGGCCAUCACGAGCCCGAGGUUUGGGUCGGCGGAUUUUGGCAUGGGUUUCGUCAUAAUUUUAAACGCCUUGACAAUAGGCACGGAGACCUCCCUCGCGCGAAGGGGGGGUCAUAUUCCGACGAGCCUUCGCGUCGCCGAGUACACGUUCGUCAUCAUCUACUGCGUCGAGCUGGCCAUGCGGCUGUAUGUCCUCGGUAAACAGAAGGCGUUCUCGAACCAUUGGGUGAAGUUCGACGCCUUGAUGGUAGCCGCAGGCCUACUAAAUUUAUUAUUCACGCUGACAGCAUUCGGCGGCGACCCAGCGGCUGCUGUGGUAGACAGUGCUAACAUGCUGAAGAUGAUUCGCCUGUUCCGUCUUGCAAAGACUGUGCGGGUGGUUGUCCAAUUCCGCACUCUCUGGAUGCUCGUUCAAGGGCUGAUGUAUGCUGUUAUGCCGAUGUUCUGGACGGCCAUCCUCAUGCUCGUUGUGAUCUACGUGUUCGCCGUCAUCGCCAUGGAGUUCAUUCUCGUCUCGGAGGACAACGAGGCUUACAACGCUCCUGCGCGCAACUUUGACACCAUCGGCGAGUCCAUGAUCUCCGGCGGGCUCUGA